AAUAAAAUAGUUUUUCAUUCAUAAUUAAAGAUUUCUAACGAAAUAUAUUUAAGUUGAAAGCGACACACCCACUGAGCUUUAAUAAUUUUAAGCUUACUACCCUCAUUGUUUACAAAACGUUUAACCGUAAUUUUCAGUAAUAAAUUAGUUUUCAAGCAGCAUAAUCGUCUUUAAAUGAGUAGAAGUAGAUCAUCGAGUGUGGAAAGACAAGAGGAUCGUCGCCGGUCAAGGUCCAGAAGUCGAAAUCGAAGACGAUCUCACUCGAGAGAUUCUCGAGACAGAAAAAAAAGUUCUGAUCGACGACGAAGACGUUCCAGAUCGAAAAGUCAAGAUCAGAAGAAAUCAGUAUCUAAGCAUAGACGAAACAGAAGGAGUUCAAGCAGAGAAAAUGAAAAAAAUCAUUCAAAAGCCUCACACAAUCAUAGAAGAAGGAAAUCAAAAUCACCAAAUUCUUUUUCCAGAGAAAUAAACGAAAACGAUUCAAGAAAAUGGAAACACGAUAUGUACAUUGACAAUCCAGCUCCAUUUAAGCAUGAGAGACGACGUCAUCAUCAACAAAACGAUGAUUUUAUGCAAAGUCGAAGAAUUGAAAGGGAGUUAAUAGGCUCAGAAGGAAUUUCUAUUGUAUGGGGACGAUCACCUCAAAAAGAAAACGAAACUUCAAGUGAUGAGAGUUCAAAGGACAAAAAAAAACAUAAGAAAUCAUCAAAAAAGAAGAACCAUAGUAAGAAGUCCAAGAAAAAGAAAUCCAAGAAGAAAAAAUCCAAGAAACGAAAGGAAUCGUCUUCGUCCUCUUCCAGUUCAAGUGAGGAAAGCGAAGAAGAAAAGUGGGUGGAAAAGAAUUCUGAUGAUAAAUUUGAAGGUACGAAUCCUUUGAAAUCAUCCAAAGACGAAGAUGAUGGUGAUGGUGAAGAAUUCGGUCCAUUAAGUAAAAAUAGUGCAGGAUUAAAUCAAAAAGAUUUCGGUCGAGCUUUGUUGCCUGGUGAAGGUGCUGCAAUGGCUUCAUAUGUAAUGGAAGGAAAAAGAAUUCCACGUCGUGGGGAGAUCGGUCUAACUUCAGAUGAAAUUGAGACUUUUGAGUCAGUUGGAUAUGUCAUGAGUGGAUCCAGACAUCGAAGAAUGGAAGCUGUUCGUAUAAGAAAAGAAAAUCAAAUCUAUUCAGCUGAUGAGAAGCGAGCACUGGCGAUGUUUAGCAGAGAAGAACGACAGAAGCGUGAGAACAAAAUCUUGUCACAAUUCAAAGAAAUGGUUACAGCUAAGACAACAGCUGCUAAUAAGAAAUAAGGUUGAGAAGCAAAAUGUAAACAAUAAAAUUCAAAUUUUUACUCAUUCUAAGCUUUUUACCCUUUCCAAAGAAUUGUACCCACAAAUACCGACAAACUUUCUUACCCUAUACGGCAGUAAAAGAAAAAAACAAUUCAGUUGAAAAUAAGUUUCUUAAAUUCUUAAAUAAAUCUUAAAAAUUUGAUUGC